GUCUAAAAAUUAUUUAUCUUUUCUUGCAGAUUUCAUUAAAAAAUGGAUGAAGAUAAUCAUUCUGUUGAUUCACCUGCUCAGAGUAAUCCUGGAACUCCACUACCCAGUAAUCCUGGUACACCACGAAAUGACCGAAAUGAUGAUAUUGCUUUAGUUUCCUCGACCUCUUGCUAUCCCACUCCUCAAAGUACUGGCUCAGGUUCAUCUCGACAGCAGCCUAAACCUAAAUAUUCUCAACUUCUUGCUAUCAUUGAAGAAUUAGGAAAAGACAUUCGACCCACAUAUGCUGGAAGUAGGAGCUCUGCUGAGAGACUGAAACGUGGCAUUGUGCAUGCUCGAAUUCUUGUGAGGGAAUGUUUGAUGGAAACUGAAAGGAAUGCUAGAUCAUGAGUGCUUAUUUAAUUAUUUUGUAAUUGAUACAAAGAUACAUAUUUUUGUUUUUCAUUGAAAGCUCAUUGUUGUAUAAAAUUUCCAAAUGAAAUUUAUCCUAAAUUUUGCUGAACCUUUUUCAUCAUUUUGAUUGAGCAAAUUUUGAUAAACUUUAUAUAUCAAAGGAACAUAAUUUGUGGUUUCAUUUGUGUGAUAGUUAUCUAAUUUUUUAGUCUAUAUUAUGCAUUUAAAGUUUUAUCAUGAUUAAAUUCACCAUGUAAAAGAGCAUUUUUAAUUUAUUUAAUAAAAAGAAACAUUUAUUUA